AUGAAGGAUCCGGGGAAAGCGAUGCAGAUGAGCAAAUGGAAACAGCAGGACCGACAACCAGCCUUGAAGACGACGAAGCUAAAACCGUCACAUUCGAUGUCCCAAGACAACAGAAGACCAUGGGGGCAAAAACCCCGACGAUUGACGAAGCGCGAGCUGUCCGAUAAACGCUCGGAGAAGCAAGUGAAGGAUUUGUGGGCGCUGACGAAGCCAGAUCUUGUGAAGGACAAGGAGCGUGAGCGGUUGUUGCGACGGAUAGCCACACAGGGUGUCGUCCAGCUAUUCAACGCCGUGGCAGAGCGACAGAAGACUGUGAUGGCGGCUGUAGAUAAGAAAGUGAAAGAUCCAAAGCUCUUGAGCGGGGCAAAUUUCGAUGUGAACAAAAGACGGGGAGUCGCUGCGGAAGACGUGAAAGAAGAGGACCAAGACGGCGCAGCCUUGAAAACCGAACCAGACGAGGAGGAAUUGGACUUU